AUGGAAUUUUACGAUUUUGCUCUGUCUUGGAUAGGGUUAGGAAUUAGAGGUGCCAGAGGAACGUUCCCCCUGGACCAAGUACCGUCUUGGGCUGCUCACAGGGCGCCCAGGGUCUGUCAACGUGGACCUCCUGGGGUUCCAGGACAUAAUGGUYAUCCUGGACACAAUGGAAGACAAGGGAUUCCAGGCCGAGACGGMCGWGACGGCAAAGGGCAGCCUGGUGCUCCAGGCGCGAAAGGUGAUCGAGGUCCUCCAGGAAUACCAGGUCAAUCACUUAUAUCAAACUGGAAACAGUGCGCGUGGAAAAAGGGCGAAGGGAAAGAUAAUGGACUGAUCAAGGAAUGCAUUUUCAAGAAAAAACAAAAAAGAACAGCUCUGCGUGUUUUCUAUGGAGGCAACCUUCGAAUCAUCAACUGUAAGAGCUGCUGUAAAAGGUGGUACUUUACAUUUAAUGGAGUUGAAUGUCGAGGACCUCUUCCCAUUGAUGGCGUCUUCUAUAUGAGUAUCAGCAACGACAUACACCGUCACCGUCACAUCGAAGGAUACUGUACAAACAUCCCUGCAGGCCAAGUGCGCGUUGGAUUUUGGGUAGGGAAUUGUCACGGUUACGGAAAUGCAGACGCACACAGCGGAUGGAAUUCAGUCUCAAGGAUUGUGAUCCAAGAGGUCCCUCCACAGCAAAUAUAAUCACAAUAUUACCAGAAAAAAAUUAACCGACUGAACAAACAAGCAAGAAACCGUAGCCAACCAACCAAUAGCCAACAGAGAACCAGUUAAAGCAGCAACCAACAGAGAACCAGUAACCAACAGAGAACCAGUUAAACCAGUAUAAACCAACAGAGAACCAGUUAAACCAGUAACCAACAGAGAACCAGUUAAAGCAGCAACCAACAGAGAACCAGUUAAACCAGUAACCAACAGAGAACCAGUUAAACAAGCAACCAACAGAGAACCAGUAACCAACAGAGAACCAGUUAAACCAGUAUAAACCAACAGAGAACC